AUGGUUUGGUUGUCUGAAGUGCAAAAAUAUGGUGUUGGGUUCACAGCAGGGGGUGUUUUCUUUUUCCUCUUGGGAAUCUUAACCUUCUUUGACUCUGCUCUUCUUGCCUUGGGCAAUUUGUUAUUCGUCAUCGGUGUUGUACUGAUCAUUGGUCCGCAAAAGACCGUUGUGUUCUUUACACGAUCAACAAAGAUUCGGGGAACAAUCUUCUUUGUACUGGGGAUUGUCCUCAUUUUGAUGAAAUGGUCGUUUGUGGGAUUCAUCGUUGAAGCCAUCGGAAUACUGCAACUCUUUGGAGACUUCUUCGCAGUUAUUAUCACGUUCCUCAGAAGUAUGCCAAUCAUCGGACCGAUACUAUCAAACCCAUACAUCGCACCAACGAUCGAUAGACUCUCUGGAGCAAGAGUGCUUCCAGUUUAA